AUGAGGUCCCCAGCCUUGCUUCUCCCAUUGAUGGCAGUAUGGCCUACCACCCUGGCACAAGCUGAAUCAGGAAUGCUCGCGAUGGUAGGGCAACUUCCAAGCUGCGCGUCGUUGUGUUUAGCACAAGAAGUGCCCAAGUCACCUUGUCAACUCACAGACGCAGCAUGUCUCUGCAGCAAUCCCGAAUUGCAAAGUAGCAUCGAGACGUGCAUUGCGCAAGCAUGUACACCACGGGAGAGUCUGACAACUAAGAACGCCACAUCGACCGCAUGUGGUGCUCCCGUCCAGUACAAGGGCGAAACCACGAGGCUCAGCAACAUUGCGCUGUCUCUUCUCACAGCUGUACUGAUCGCAGUGCGCAUGUCUUACCAGGCCUUCUUUUCCUCGUGGGACUUCGGCUGGGAUGAUUACACUGUGCUUGCAGCCUGGCUGUCCGGUGUACCAUCUGUGAUCAUCAUCGAUAAGCGUGUGCUACCAAAUGGGCUAGGACGAGAUAUCUGGACCGUUCCCUUUGAUCAGUUAUCCGAAUUUGUCCGCUGGCUGUAUGUGCUCGAGGUUCUAUACAUUGUCCAAGUCGCGCUGCUGAAGCUCACGCUGUUGAUGUUCUUUUUGCGCAUCUUUCCGAUAACAGGGACGAGACGAGUCAUCUGGGGGACCGUCGUAUUUACCAUCGUCUGGGGACUCGCCUUCACCAUCACAGCGAUCUUCCAGUGUUGGCCCAUUUCGCAUCAAUGGGUUUCAUGGGAUCAGGCUAGAUCUUCGGGCAAGUGUAUCCAUAUCAACGCCCUGGGUUGGAGCCAAGCAGUCAUCAGCAUUGCUUUGGAUCUUUGGAUGCUCGCUCUCCCGCUGUACGUGGUAUCACGCCUGCUUUUAUCUUGGCGUAAGAAGGCUGGCGUCGCCAUCAUGUUCUGCGUUGGAACCUUCGUCACUAUCGUGUCAAUUUUACGACUGCAGUCCCUCGUCCAUUUCGCCGUCUCGACCAAUCCAACGAUGGAUCAACGCGAGAUCAUACAUUGGUCAAACAUCGAAGUCAACAUCGCGCUGGUAUGCGCUUGUCUGCCUAGUUUGCGGCUUCUCCUGGGCCGUUUUCUGCCCAAACUCAUGGAUAUGAGCUCGAAAGGUGGCAGCAGACAGAAUAACUCUUCCUCUGGACCAAGAAGAGAAGGCGUAUCCAGAAAUAAAGACAGAGAUCUGGAACUAGGCAUGGGCGAGCCGAGAAACUCAGAUACAAUCGCUUACACGAAGACGUUCGAAGUGCACCAUAGGGAUAAUGACGAGAUUCCGCUUGUGCAGGUCAAGGGAAUGGCAUUCGGGGAUACGAAGAGUCAGAAGAGCAACAGCAGCGUGGUUAGCAGUUGA